UGCACGUUAGCGGCACCUGGGAAAUCCGAACGACUUGACAACGACAUUGCGCAUCCAUCGAGUCAACUUUCUAGCUUCUCGACCACCGCAACCAUGGCUGAUUCCGAAUACAACGCCGAGGAGGCUGCCGCCCUCAAGGCCAAGCGCUCGUUCCGCAAGUUCUCCUACCGUGGAGUCGACCUCGACCAGCUCCUCGACCUCGGCUCUGAGGAGCUCCGCGACCUUGUCCACGCCCGUGCCCGCAGAAGGUUCAACCGCGGUCUCAAGCGCAAGCCCAUGGGUCUGAUCAAGAAGCUCCGUAAGGCCAAGCAGGAGGCCAAGCCCAACGAGAAGCCCGACCUUGUCAAGACCCACCUCCGUGACAUGAUCGUUGUCCCCGAGAUGAUCGGCUCUGUCGUCGGUGUCUACUCUGGCAAGGAGUUCAACCAGGUCGAGAUCAAGCCCGAGAUGGUUGGCCACUACCUCGCCGAAUUCUCCAUCUCAUACAAGCCCGUCAAGCACGGUAGGCCCGGUAUCGGAGCCACUCACUCUUCCCGUUUCAUUCCUCUCAAGUAAAUGGUUUGGGCUACUGGUUGCAUGGGUUUGUGGUGUGGAUAGUGUGUACUUGACGACCUUACAACGAAUACAGGUGUUAGGUGCAUUACACUUUCUAUGACUUGGUGACGCACGAAAAGCGGUCACGAUGGACAUGAAGACACGAUGUAGAUAGCCUCUACAUCAAAAGAUACCUCCACACUUAUGCGCGACGCAUUCGUGAUGUCCUCCAUCACACAUCAGAUGCCCGCGUAAGGAAGAUGAUACUUCACACCCAGUGCCACCUGAAACAAGAUUGUCUCACUUCGACACGAAUAACAACAUUACAAAAUCAUGGUCUCAGAUCACAUGUAUUUACACUCAUACAAUCUGCAAUAUUUGUAGAUAGCUGAGUGUCGAUUCACAGGCUACUAAGGCCGGGUAUUAUAACUGUAGGAAAGCACUCCUCGGACAAUGUCGACUACCUUCCGAGACGCAUCUCAACC